CCGAACACCUAGAGGAUAAAAGAAAAACAAAGGGAUUAAGGUCACUGGUAGAAUGUAGGGAUCCUGUCUAAGAGCAGAAGUUGGCUGGCUCCUGGUUCUUAUUCACCUAGAAUCUCUAUUUUUAAGGCAUUUCUCCUAUCCAUAACUCUUGCUAGACUUCUGUUUUUGAGUUGAUAACACACUGACCUCAAGUUUGGAUAUAUAUGCCAAGUAGCUCUAAAACCUCUGUAAAACAAUGAAUAUAACAGAAAUGUCCACAAAACAGAUCAAAUAGGUAAACAGAUGAAAUAAAAAGGUAAAGAAUACUUUUCACAAGAUGGCGCCGAAAGUGAAGAAGGAAGCUCCUGCCCCUCCUAAAGCCAAAGCCAAAGCAAAGGCUUUAAAGGCCAAGAAGGCAGUGUUGAUAGGUGUCCACAGCCACAUAAAAAAGAAGAUCGGCACGUCACCCACCUUCCGGCGGCCCAAGACACUGCGACUCCGGAGGCAGCCCAAAUAUCCUCAGAAGAGGGCCCCCAGGAGAAACAAACUCGACCACUAUGCUGUCAUCAAGUUUCCACUGACCACUGAGUCUGCCAUGAAGAAGAUAGAAGACAACAACACACUUGUGUUCAUUGUGGAAGUUAAAGCCAACAAGCACCAGAUUAAACAGGCUGUGAAGAAGCUCUAUGACAUUGAUGUGGCCAAGGUCAACACCCUGAUUUGGCCUGAUGGAGAGAAGAAGGCAUGUGUUCGACUGGCUCCUGAUUAUGAUGCUUUGGAUGUUGCCAACAAAAUUGGGAUCAUCUAAACUGAGUCCAGCUGGCUAAUUCUAAAUAUGUGUAUAAUCUUUUCACCAU